UCUUUCUUUCUCGUUUCAGCGAAUUCGAUCGGCAUCAGCACGAACCUGAGGGGGAAACGCGAUUCCCUUUUCCCUUCGCAACCAACUUCUUAAGGAUUCCAAUUCCAUCCUCAGAAGCUUUCUUCUUAUCCUUUCCCAAUACCAAUUUUAGGGUUUUUCUCAUUCCUCUUUUGUUGUUUCAUCUUCAUCCACGCUCUUUUAUUCUGUUUUUUUUUUCCUCCUUUUCUGUCUUCUCUCUGCUUUUCCCCCCUCUUUGAAUCCUUAGGCAUAUCGGUUGAAGAGAAAAAGAAAAGAAAAAAGAGAAAAGGGUAGAAAUUUCGUUUUAUAUAUUUUUUAUUCUGUGGAUAAAUUCGAUUCUAUUUUUCGUCCUCUGAUUCCAUUCUAGCUGUUUUUUUUUUUUUGUUAAAUUAUAAUUGUUGGGUUCUUCGCAAGAAACUCUGUGAAGUUUUUGGUGCGUUGUUUUUGUUUGUCAUCCAAAAUCGAGGGUUUUCUUGUAGAUCUUUACCACACCUUUUUUUUUAAUUAUUUUUGUUUUUGUAAUUUCUUUUUCGCUCAUCUUGUUCCCGUGUCAUUCUCCUCCUAGGAACCAAAAAGAAAAAAAGAAAAAAAAAUUCUGUAUCGAAAAAGAACCCCGAAAAAAGGAUUAGGGUUUGUCGAUUGAGGUUAGGGUUGUGUACAUAGAUAGAUAGGUGCGAUGGCGUUGAAUUUCUCGCAUCGACCGAUUUUUUCUGAGGAUAAUUUGGUUUCGCCGAUGAGGAUGGGGAUUGCAGAGAAGAGUGGUGUUGAUAAUUGUUUUGAAUAUGGGAUAGAUAGGUGCGAUAGAGGUGGUACUUCCCACGAUGACAUUGUUGAUCUUUUGCCUUCGGAUCCCUUCGGCAUGGACAUCAGCACUACCUUCACGGCGGCCAUCACUGGGUGGCUCGAGGAUUUGGAGGUUGAUUAUGGUGGGUACCGUAGGGAUGAGCUUGGUGCGGGUGGUGAGAAUUACCAGCUUUUUGCUGGGUUGAAUUUCUUUUGGAACAAUGCCAUGAGGUUCCACGCGUGUGUUGAGGAGAAGAGAGGGUUUGCCGAGUGUUGUUAUGUGAGUGAAGGUGGGGCUGCUGCAUCUUGCAAUUUUGGGUAUGGAUCUGCUUGUGAUGAUGAUAUGGUGCGUUUGGCGGUUCCAAGCGUGUCGGAUGGCAUGACUGUAGGUGAUUUUGUAAAUUGCUGUGGAGGAGAAGGAGGAGGAGGGGGAGGGGGAGGGGGAGGGGAUGAGCUUGCUCCUCACCCUGCUUUGAGUUUUUCUCUUGGUUAUCUGGGUCUGUCUGAUCUUCUAGUUGUUGAAAGAGUGUGUAAGUCUCUGCAUUCGACAGUUUGGGGUGAUCCGCUUUUGUGGAGGAGUAUCCGUGUUGAUCAGCCUUUGAAUGAGAGGAUUACUGAUGACGUUCUUUUGCAAUUGACCAGUAGGGCUCAAGGUCAUCUUCAGUGCUUGAGCCUCGUUGAGUGUACGAGGAUAACUGACGAUGGUCUGAAGCGCGUUCUUGAAGUCAAUCCCAAGUUAAUCAAGUUAAGUGUUCCUGGAUGUACAAGACUCAGUAUUGAGGGCAUUGUGGGUAUUUUAAAAGCUUACAACUCUAUGGGUAUCCAAGGGGUGAAGCAUUUACACAUAGGUGGUCUUUAUGGUGUUACGCAAAAGCAUUUUGAGGAGCUGAAGCUUUUGUUGGGUGCUGAUAGCCAGCUGCUGAAGCACUCUCACAAGCCACACUAUUAUCGCAGGGGAAACCUAUAUCUGUCCUGCGAUGAUGAUCGGGCCAUAGAUGUUGAAGUCUGUCCACGAUGCCAGAAUUUAAGGCUUGUAUAUGAUUGUCCAGCUGAGGGUUGUCAAGGGGUGGGGCACGCUGCUCAGGCCUGCAGGGCAUGCACUCUAUGCAUACCCCGGUGUAGUCAGUGUGGUCGCUGCAUAAAUGACAGUGAGUAUGAGGAAACAUUUUGUCUGGAGUUGCUUUGCUCUUCUUGUUCUAAGCAGCUAGUCAAAUGUUCAGAAAGGACAGACAAUAGAAAGGUUGGGCCAGCCAAGUCAGUUGUUCUUCAUGAACAAAGUUAGGGCUUGUGUCAUCAUAGAGUAUCCUGCAGAAAUCUUUAUGAGGAUAAAGUCCCGUAUGAAGUCAUAUGAAAUGUUGGGUGCUGUUGCGGUUGCGUGUUGGUCUUCGUAUUUGGUCUUGGAAGUGGGAUGCAUUCAGUUGGGAUUUUUUCCCGUUGUAGAGCGAGUGGAACACGACUUCAUUUUUGUGUUUCUGCAACUGCUGGAGUGACAUGCAGAAACCAAAUUGAUUACCAUGGUUAUUGAUCACCUACUGCAUAGCUACGAUGGAUUUUCAGUUAUGUGGCAUUAUCAGGGCUGCAGUUGGAGCGUUAUGCUUUGCGACAUUCAGACAAUAUUUGCGAUAGGUCUGAUUCAUAACCAGAUUGAACUUUCCGAUCUUAGAUUUCUAGUUACUUCAUCAUUAGCUGUUUUGUAUUCACUCUUGCCAGGUUGUGGUAUAUGUACCCUGUCUAUAUUUUUUGCCAUACUUGGAGGAGAAAAAUAAAAAAAAAAGUGGGGUAUUACGGUUUACGAUGUCUUUAAAUCCAUGCUUGUGUCACUUUUAACUUUUGUGUCAAGUGAAAUUUAUGGUGGACUUGGAGCUUAGAAUGAAAUACUAUUUAUGAUGUGCUUGAGUAUUUUGGC